AUGGGUGUAGACAACAACCGCAAGGCUGUCCAUGACCAAAUUGUGUCUUUGGUGAGCCAAGACCCAGGCCUACCACGCAAGGGGCCGUCCGUCGCGUUUUGGCAAGAACCUACACAUGCCAUUUCCACCAUCCAGUCACCACAACUUCCAACAGAAGUUGACAUUGCCAUCAUUGGCUCCGGAAUCACUGGUUGCAGUGUCGCGCGAACUCUCCUGAGCAACCCCAAGCUCAACAACAAGCGGAUUGCUCUUUUCGAGGCCCGUGCUUUGACAAGUGGCGCCACUGGCCGUAACGGUGGUCACUUGGUCUCUCCUGCAGCUGUCGACUUUGCGGCAGUUGCGAGCCUAUUUGGAGCUGAGAAGGCUGCGGAGGUAACCAGAUUUUCAUUCCGCAAUCUUGAGAGAUUCCAUGAAUUUGUAUCUACGCUGGACGAUGACCUUCGAGAAGCAUCAGAAGUUCGCAAAACCCAGAAGGUGAUGAACUUUCUUGAACCUGCGACUUUUGAGCACUUUAAAGAUUCCCUGCGGCAAUUCUCAGCGGCUUGCCCAGAACUAGCGGAUCAAUUCAAGAUUCUUUCCGCCGAGGAAGCCAAAGAUAAAUACAAAUUUAACGAGUCCGCUGGGGCUUGCGAGCAACCUGCCGGUGCAGUAUGGCCCUAUCGCAUCAUUACUGGACUCUUCGCCAAGCUCCUCAAAGAGAACUCAUCCCGAUUUUCCAUCGAUACCAAUACACCUGUCACUGCCGUCACAUACGACGAAAAGAAGCCUCAUUACCGCCAUAAACUGCAGACUCCUCGCGGAGUGGUCUAUGCGGACCAAGUCGUCUACUGCACAAACGCAUAUACUUCACACUUGCUUCCCCAACUCCGAGGAAAGGUCUUCCCUUUCCGAGGCACUAUGUCAACACAAUCCAUCGCCCCGAAUUUGCCAAACCAUGGAGCCCGCCACUCUUGGAGCAUUUAUCACGAGCCCAAAUUUGAUCCAGCCACUGGCACUUUCACUUUCGGACUUUAUUAUAUGACUCAGAAUGCAAAGACGGGGGAUUUCUUCUUUGGUGGUGAGAAGCAACGACUAGAAGAAAUUCUAGUCAGCGAUGACACGGUCGUGCCUACUUUACCCUCUCAGAACUUGACUUCUUUGAUGGAGGGAACUUUCAAAUCGGCAACAGGGGGGCCAUUGAAAACCACUCCUCGACGAAUUUGGUCUGGUAUUAUGGGCUUUACCCCGGACGGAAUGCCCUUGGUUGGUAAACUGGGUAAGAGGUUGACUGGAAGACCGGGUGAUGGCGAAUGGGCUGCAGUUGGUUUCAAUGGCUAUGGUAUGGAUAAAUGCUGGCUUGUUGGGGAAUUACUCGGUGCCAUGAUUGCUGGCGAAGAUGUCACUGGUCAGCUUCCGGCUCUUUAUCAGAUCACCGAUGAAAGGUUGAACAACCUGAUGGCGCCGAGAGAUGUCCCUGCUAGACUUUUCCGUCUUUAG